CAGUCAUGGAUGCCAACACUUUCACGCGUUGCCAGGCGUGCCACUGCAGAACAGAAGAGCUAAUAAGAUGGCAGGUGUCGAGACGACGAAGGCGAAGGUGGUAUCUUUCCAAAACUUCAACCCAAUAGCGGUAAGUCGUUCAAUCUACUGCAAAAUAACGUGUUCACCUUCGCUCCUCGCCCUCCGCAGCUGUUAGCUCUAUGUCUGCUGUUACUGGGGCUGAUCGUGGCUGCAGUGGGGACUGGUCUCGCCCAGUGGGCGAGGUUUGAGACGGAGAGAGAGUUUCCUGACGAUGCCCGUAGUGCUGUCAACAACGGACGAACAUACAAGACUCAGGGUCUGUUGAAACGGUGCAUAGAGUAUGAAUAUGGGCAGGAGCUGUUGAACCUUGGACUCCCGUCCAGCUCCCUGCCGCAGGACAAGUGUAUCUACAUGACCGACCUGGAUUGCCUCCAAUCCCUCACCCCUCUAAUUAGUGCUCUCGACCUCCUCAACCAUGCCGAGAUUAACAACAUUGACAGUAAUUUCCGUUGCAUUGAGAUGAAGAUUCGUCUGGAGACGGCGGCGGCGUUUAUGAUCCUGGGAAUUAUUGCUACCUUUGUGGCCGUGGUGCUUUUCUUCCCAUUCUUUCACUGGAUCCUCUUUAUUGCUGGCUCAGUCGUCUCCUUUGUCUCCAUCAUCCUGCUGAUCAUUGGCAUUGGAGUGUUUGGAGGCAUUGAGCAAGACUUUGCUGGGUUUUUCUCCAUCGAUGGCGGGCCAGCUGACGGCUGCCUCAGCUACGGAUUUGGGGUGGCCCUGGCGUCAUUGUUCGUUAACCUCAUGGGCACCGUGGUGGGCGUGGUCUCCAUCUUCUUCCGCAAGAUGAAGGCCAUGCACAAGAGCAACAAAAGAGAGUAGCCACGAGAAUAGACUCAACAUUUUUAUAGGACUCAGUCAUUUGCCACCAUCAUCAAAUUUUUACUCAUCAUUCCAUACAUAAUUUUGGCGCGA